AUGAAUAGCAACACACCCAGUACAGAGCCAGAAGGAUUCGAAACUGAGACCAUUAAUACAUUGUGGAAUUCUGGAAAGAUAACCUGUCAGAACCCAGACGAGAUUAAAUGUAGGGCAGUGGAUUAUCCACAAAAAUCUCUGCAAGAUUUGGGACAAAUAGUGUAUUGCAAUACAUCAUUUGGACUGUCGUGUUCAAAUGAAGAAAAUGCAGAUGCCAUUCCAUCACUUUGUUAUAAUUAUGAAAUAAGUGUAAAAUGUUGUGAAGACAUUUGUAUUACCUCAACAAUGUCCCCAACAUCAACUGAGACAUCCACAAUCACAACAACUACUGUAACAAUAACACCUACAUCAACAGAAACAACAACACCUACAACUGUUACAAUAACACCUAAGUCAACGGAAACAUCAUCUACAACUACUGGCACAACAACAACUUCAACAACAGAGACAUCCACAAUCACAUCCAUGACUACCACACCAAUUACUGUAACGACAACACCUACAUCAACAGAAACAACAACACCUACAACUGUUACAAUAACACCUACGUCAACGGAAAUACCAUCUACAACUACUGGCACAACAACAACUUCAACAACAGAGACAUCCACAAUCACAUCCAUGACUACCACACCUAUUAUUGUAACGACAACACCUACAUCAACAGAAACAACACCAUCUACAAUAACACCUAUAUCAACCGAAACACCAUCAACAACAAGUACUGUUACAGUUACCACACCAAUUACUUUAACGACAACACCUACAUCAACGGAAACACCAUCUACAAUAACACCUACAUCAACAGAAACACCAUCUACAACUACUACCAAGACAACAACAUCAACAACAGAGACAUCCACAAUCACAUCCAUGACUACCACACCAAUUACUGUGACAACAACACAUACAUCAACAGAGACAUCCACAAUCACACCAACUACUGUAACAAUAACACCUACAUCAACAGAAACAACAACACCUACAACUGUUACAAUAACACCUACAUCAACAGAAACACCAUCUACAACUACUGGCACAACCUCAACAACAACACCAUCAACAGAGACAUCCACAAUCACAUCCAUGACUACCACACCAAUUACUGUAACAAUAACAUUUACAUCAACAGAAACAACACCAUCUACAACUGUUACAACAACAACUGCAUCAACAGAGACAUCUACAAUCCCACCCAUUACAACAAUUACUGGGACAUCAACAUCUAUGCCAACAGAAACUACACCAACUACAACUGUUACAAUAACACCUACAUCAACAAAUACAUUUACAACCACUACUGUCACACCAACUACUCAUAAGGAGUCAUGGAUUGAAGACUGCAAAAACAAAACAUGCAUAAAUGGCAAUGUCACCUCAAAACCUCUACAGUGUGAAAAAUCUGUCAUACCUACAUGUAGCAAUGGAAUUAAACCUAAGAAGGUGUCUUAUGACAAUGGCUGCUGCUAUAAGUAUGAGUGUGAAUGUAAAUGCAGUGGAUGGGGUGACCCACAUUACAAAACAUUUGAUGGAACAUACUACGCUUUCCAGGGAAACUGCACUUAUGUUUUGUUCAAAGAAAUCAUCCCAAAAUACAAUAUCAGUGUCCAUGUUAAAAACUAUUAUUGUGAUAUAAAAAAUAAUCUGGCCUGUCCUGAGUAUGUGGUUGUGAACUACAAAUCCUAUAAAAUAAAGCUGACAAGCAACACUAAAGAGGUCCAGGUAAGUCUUAGGACUACAGUUAAACAUUCACAGGUCUAUGUUGAUGGUGAUAUGAAACAACUAACUUACAUAAAUAAUGACUUCUUCAUCACUACCUCUGGCAUGGCAGUAAUUGUGAACAUCACUGAAAUCAAAGUUGACAUUACUGUGAAUCAUCAAGGCUUUGAGAUCAAUCUCCCAUUCUCAUACUUCCAUGGUAAUACAGAGGGACAGUGCGGGGUUUGUGACAACAACCGUGCAAAUGACUGCAGACGUCCUGAUGGACAAAUCGACCCAUCAUGUGUGAACAUGGCAGAGCUUUGGAUGGUCCCCCCAGGAUGCAUAAAACCUCCAACUCCAUCUCCACCUACAAACUCAACUUCACCUAUAAUUAAGGUUCCCUGCAUUUCGACUAUUUGUGAUCUCAUCAAGAGCGAUAUGUUCAUGGAAUGCCAUGGGGUCAUUCCUUAUGAAAGUUAUUAUGAAGCAUGCAAAUAUGAUGUGUGCCACAUGGGAAACAGCUCUAUUGGUUGUACCAGUCUGGAGGCAUAUGCUCUGCUAUGUGGCAAAGAGGGUAUCUGUGUGGAGUGGAGAACAUCAAGUGAACUCACCAAAAAGUGUGAAUACAAGUGCCCCAGUCACAAAGUCUAUAAGGGAUGUGGUCCUAGAGUUGAAAAAACCUGCAGUACAAGGUACAAUGAUAUAUUUGUGGAGAAAGACUGUCAAAACAAUAACUGUCAUCAAACAUUUACGGAAGGCUGUUACUGUCCUGAUGACAAAUAUCGAGUUAGUUCAACGAUAGAUGCCUGUACAUCUUAUUGUGAUUGCAUCGGCCCUGAUGGAUUACCUAGACAGCCCGGCGAUACAUGGACCAUGGACUGUCAUGAAUACACAUGCUCCAAUGAGACCUUUGGUAUUAAAACUGUGCCUGUCGGGUGUCCGGCUGAAAAGUCCUGUGGACCAGAACAAAAGAAAAUAAUUGAAAACUGCUGCCUAACCUGCGUGUGUGAUCUCGAGCUGUGUCUUCAGAAGAAGUGUGCUGUGGGAUAUACAUUGGCAGCAAAUAAAUCUGAAGACAGUUGCUGUCCACCCUGUGUGCCCAAAGAUGUAUGUGUGUACAAUAACACUGAGUACCAGCCUGGAGUUCAAAUCCCCACAGAUCCCUGCAUCGAAUGUAACUGUCUAAUGGAUAAAGACCCAAAGACCCAACUACAUGUCAUCACGUGCGCUUCUAUAGCUUGUGAACCUUGCCCUGAUGGAUUUGUGCCUGUCCAAGAAGAAGGAGAAUGCUGUCAAACAUGCAAGCAAAAUAGCUGUUUUUAUACGGCGCCAGACAACACCACACAUAUUCUCAAGACUGGAGACACGUACAACUACAAGUGUGAGACUGUGAUCUGUCAACAAAUGAAUGACACAUUCAUGAUAGAGAAGACCAUAGCAACCUGUCCAGAGUUCAAUCCAGAUGAGUGUGUGCCUGGAACGCUGACACUUGAUGCAGAUGAAUGUUGCAAUACUUGUGAGCUCAGGAACUGUGUUCGUGUGAAGAACACCACAGAUGUUACUUUAAAUGACUGCAAGUCCAUCCAUCCCAUAGAAGUGACUUCCUGCAGUGGCCACUGUGACACAGAAUCGAUGUAUUCAAUGGGAGCCAACAUCAUGAUGCACAGCUGUUCUUGCUGUCGGGAGAUGAAAACCAGCAUUAAAAAAGUGCAGCUGAAGUGUUCUGAUGAGCGUGUGAUCGAUCAUGACUACGUCUACAUAGAGAGCUGCAAAUGCACUCCAAUUACAUGUGAAAACCAGAAGACUAGUGGAUAAAAGAUCCCAUUCAGUGUGUAUGCUAUACUGCUACAAUUCCAGAUAAAUUGCAAAAAAAAAAAACUAUGCAUAUAUUGGUGAAAGAUGGGACCAUUCAGCUUUUUAUUCUAUAACUAUUAUCUCUCAGGGCAUUUUCAGGGAAUUUUGAACAUUUUGUUUCUUCUUUAGCAAUGAAAAAUAAAAUUCUUUACAUCCUUGUGAAAUAAGUGAUGACUAUAAUAAAGCAAAAUAAAAA